AUGCUGUCCCUCCUGGCCAGGGCCGCCGCCGGGCCGCUCGGCGGGCUGGGCCGCUCGGCCCUCUCCUCUCUGGUCCCGCCGUGGAGGGCGGCGGCCUUGGCCGCGGCGGGGAGCCGGGCCCCGGCGCUGCGCUGCGGGGCUGCCGCCGCCCCCCGCGGCCUGCUGGCUCCGCCGCCGCCGCCCGGCCCGCUGCCGCCGCCGCUCCUGGCGGGGCUGAAGACGAAAACCGCGUUGCGAAGGCGCUGCAAAGACUGCUUCGUCGUCCGGCGGCGCGGGCGGCUGUACGUGCUCUGCAAGGCCAACCCCCGGCACAAGCAGCGGAAGCUGUAGCCGCGGGGCCGGGGGCUCUGCGGGCGGCUGGCGGGGAGGGGAGCCGUGCGGGCCCCGCUCCCCGCCGCUGCGAGGGAGCGCUGUGUCUGCCCCGGGCCUGGGGAGACCCUGCCCCCGGGCCUGGGGAGACCCUGCCCCCGGGCCUGAGGAGGUCCUGCCGCUGGGGACACGGCUCGCACGGGGUUGCCGGCGGCGACCCUGCUUUUCGUCUGGAGGCGAACUCGGAGCCAGUCGAGUUUUUGACGGCGCUUGCCCCAACUUCGGAUCGUGGAUGCUGGGAACUGAAAUGGGAAGUCGCAGCUUUCGGGACCUCUUAGCCACCUUAGCCGUGAAGCCUUAACCUGCCGUCACCUCGCUGCUCAGUAAGGGCAAAGCCGAAUCGGGCUCUGAGGUGCUUGCGUGUUUCAUUAAAGCAAAAUGAAAAUAAACACCACUGAUUGUGAA